UGAAAAGUUGCCGAGUAAAAUAGGAAGAGUAAUUGAAGUCGAUUUGAGGCGGACGUUUCCGCAUCAUCCAGCUUUCCAGGAGGACAUUGUUGUGGAAAGGUUACGGAAUAUACUGUGGGCAUUCGCUGUAUUCCACCCGGAUGUUGGGUAUUGUCAAGGGAUGAACUUUAUAGCGGCUACUAUGAUGAUGGUCGUAUUCGAUGGCGCGGUGAAAGGAGAGGAUCCCCAUCGAGAAAAGGAAGAAUUGACAUUCUGGUUGUUGUCUCAAUUCAUCACCUCGGAUCAAGGUCUGCAUAAUAGUGGAUAUUACCAACCUGGAAUGACGGCAUUACUAAGGGAUAUGUACGCAUUCGAUCGUUUGUCGGGUCGGAAGGCAACUAAUGCACAUCGACAUUUGGAAGAAUGUGGCAUUCAGGAUAUGUCCUGGAUAUGUGUGGAGUGGUUUCAAACGGUGUAUUCUACGGUUUUCGCCUUCGAUACCGUGUUACGGAUUUGGGAUCCGAUAAUGACGGAAGGUUGGAAGAUUCUGUUCCGCGUGGGAGUGGCGAUUUUCAAGAUAUUCCAGGAUGAAUUAGAUGCGAUGGAUUUCGAACACAUUAUGCAAAAUCAUAAGAAAUUAACGUCGAAGUUCGUGGACCACAACAGGUUGAUGAAGGUGGCAUUCUACGGUUUGGGUGAGGUUGCCAAAGGAGUGGUAUGA